AUGUCGGACGAGAACAGUUCUCGGAGUCCGAUCUCGCCGGUCACGACGACAAGCAACAUUAGCAGGAAGCAGACCAUAUCAUCGCCUGGGACAACAACUUCACCAGUGCCGUCGGGCCAUUUCAAGCGAACCGUGGUCGUAGACGAUACUUCCCAGAUGCGCCGACGGCCGCCCUUCGGCCACAUACCCACCGAGAACUCGUUCGCAGAGACAGGGCUGGGGAGGAGAAGAAGCUCAACUUUAUCCGAGUACAGCUUCAGCGAGGCAAGGGACUUCCUGAGCCCGAGACAUGGCGAUAUCCCGUCGACGUCGUCGGCUGACGAAAUGUCGAACUGGGCUUCGAUUCCUCUCGCUUUUGCCCUUCUUCCUGCCGUUGGAGGUUUGCUUUUCCAAAAUGGUAGCGCCGUCGUGACGGACGUCAUGCUACUGGGUUUGUCGGCCGUGUUCCUGCACUGGUCUGUGACACAGCCAUGGACCAUCCGAGCGCUGACACACCAGCCACCCAGGAACUGGUAUCACUCGGCGCAAGCAGUCCGAGUUCGCGCCGAAAUCAACACAAGCGCCGUCAUCGAUGACGAGAGCGAGACGGAACAGGCCGUCGGAAGCCCGUCCUCGGCGACGUCGACGGCGAACGGCCACACGGCGAACGGAAGCAUCGACGACAUGCCCGAGGUGCCUACCACACCCACGUCCUUCGUCCAGGGGCAAGUCCCCAAGACAAUGCCCCGGGUCAAGAAGGAAGACGCCCUGGCCGAGCUCUGGGUGCACGAGAUUCUGGCUUUGAUAUCGUGCUUCAUGUUCCCGAUGUUGGGAGCAUACCUGUUGCAUGCUAUCCGCGCACAGCUGAGCCGGCCCUCGGAGGGACUAGUAUCCAACUACAACUUGACAAUCUUCCUGCUGGCCGCAGAGGUCCGUCCUUUAUCGCACCUAAUGAAGCUGGUCCAGUGCCGGACCAUUCAGUUGCAACGAGACGUCCAUGUGAACCCCUAUAAGGACGACGGCGUCACGUCGGAUCAGGUCAGGGUAGUCAUGGCCCGGUUGGAGAUGCUGGAGUCACGACAGGAGCCGACGCAGAUCAAGCAGAACGGCAACUCGGACAACUCCAAGAUCAAGCAAGAGGCCUCCAUCGCCCGGGAUGUCCGCAACGCCAUCCAGCCCGAUCUCGAUGCGUUGAAUCGGGCCGUGCGGCGGUAUGAGAAAAAGGCCACUGUUCUUGCGUUCCAGACUGAGUCGCGUUUCGCGGCUGUUGACACACGCUUAAACGACGCCAUCGCCCUUGCCGCGGCAGCAGCCAAGAACAGCGUGGCCCGGCCGGGCUUCAUGCAGUGGCUGGUCGAGUCCGUAUGGGCUGUCAUCACGAUGCCCUUCUUCGCCGUGGUCGCUCUGCUGGUGCUUCCUUUCAAGACGCUCCGCGGGCUGCUCAAGCGCAAGAAGAAGUCGUUGCCGGAAAGGACGAGAUCGAGCCGUAACGGGAAGGCCAUGGGCCACAGUCGAAUCGCGGCGGACAGACCGCCGAGCCGGGUUUCGAAGAGAUGA